AUGUUUGCACAUACUCCCCACCGGACCCCGUCUGGGGAUUUAGAAUUGCUACAUAACGAAACGAUCGGCAUAAAAGUUCCAAAUACAUCUGUUGUAAUACGGGGCAAACUUGCAGGUUGUGGCGAACUGUUCGUUACGUCGCAACGAGUGGCUUGGCUUGGCGAUACUGCCACGAGCUUCGCUCUGAAUUACAUUAGUAUAGUGCUGCAUGCACUUUCAACUGAUCCCCAGGCCUGCGAUAGGCCAUGCCUGUAUUGUCAAAUUAAGGGAGACGCCUUACCAACACUGGCUAAUGGACAUCCCAGUGGCGUCGCCACCUCAGAAUCAGUGGAGGCACCUGAGGAAGAUGAAGGAUUAGCGGAUGAUGACGCAAUGAUUGAGUUGAAAUUCAUCCCGGAUGACUCGAGUUGUUUACAACGACUGUUCGCGGUCAUGAGCGAAAUGGCAGCUUUGCACCCGGAACCUGAUUCGGGAGCGCUUGAUGGUGACGAAGAGGAGCUUUUCGAUGAAGCAGCAUUACGUCGACAGGGCUGGGAGUUCGUUGAAAAUGAAGGAGAUGACGCGGCGGAAAGUGACACCGUCGACGCCUGA